UAACCAUUUGAACGCUGUAACCUGAGUGGCAAGCUCACAGACAAGCCCGAAAAUGAUGCUACGAGAUGCUGGAGCCAUGUCCCUUACUUCAAAACAGUUGGUGAGUGCAUUCGCACCUUUUCCGCGUUGCACUUGGACUCAUCCGCACGUGCCGAUUGACAACUUUGAUCUUGUCUGCAAAAACAUCUGGAGAAGAGCCAGGGAGGCCACGGAGGAGCUGGCCAGAGGUCAAAGUUCACCUGAGACACCGCAGAAUAAAGACAGGCCGGCUCCAGACAGAAAACCAAAUCGGUCGAUGAAAAAUGGAUGGACGAAUGGAUUGAUGAGAAGGCCUGUUUCUAACCCUGGACUCAACAGUGCAGUGUGGAUCAGGUCUAGGGCUGAGGAGCAGCAGAAAGAGACAGAUGAUUUGGGUCUGAGCACGUAUGAGAAGGACAAGCAGCAGUGCCACACUGCCUUCACCCUUCCGUGCCCUUAUCUCUCGGGCCGCAGACAUCCCAAUGUUGCCAAGCCUGCGCGGGUACUGAUCCCUGUGAUGGAAAAAGAGAUGAAACGAAAUGACGAGGAGGCAAAGAGGAAGAGAAAUUUGGAGGAAGAUGUGUCAGAUAAACAAAAGAUUUGGGUCCCCCAAGCCAGCAGCAGAAGAGCCAAACCUCAACCUCUGGAGACAAAUCCUGUCUGCAAAUCCUGUGCUGAGGACCACGCCCCGCCCCUGCAGGUUGAGGAAGAUCCUCCACAUCCUUCUAAACUACCUAGGGACACAUGUGAAAGCGAGGAUGAGACAAAUAGAAGUAGCAGUUCUGACUGUGUUUCCAGCGAUGACGACAGUUGUGUAACUCUACCUGGGGUGCGAAGGUGCGCCACUGAUAGCAGUGAUGGGGACUCAGAGAGUGAAAACAAAGAGGAAAUCCCAUGUUAUACCACAGAGAAGGACUUUCCUCCACUAUCUACAAUACAGGAUGGCAUUCUACCAUGUCCCACAGAGCCUCCAGCCUUGUGGAAGGUGCCCAGCCAGUGGGAGCUCCCCCUUUUCUUCCACCCAGAUAACACCCUCGCUGCCCCUUUGGCCGAGACACCACAAGUGGCUUUUGACCUGCUGGCUGACUUCCCGGCUCUGCAGCCCCCAAAGAAACCUUUAGCACUGGGUGUGUUGCUUAAUGGGAAUCCCAAAACCAAAGGUGCAAGCUGGAAAAGAGGGCUUACUCACUCACAAACUCAACGCCAAGAGAGUGGGGCUUCCCAUCAGAGGAGGAAGGAAAAUGUGCCCCACGAGGUCUCCUCCAUCUGUGCAGGAGAUCAGAAAUCUGUGCUGUGCUGGAGCACGUUUGGCUCGACCGGCCAACGCAACUCUCCCGCCAUCAGCUGUGAGGAACUGAAGGCCAACAACCAGCCGCCUCCUAGAGUUGCAGGUACAGAUGGUGCGGACAAUAUCAAUGCCAGGUCCUGGGCUAGCGCUGCCAGGGCGGGCAUGAAGCACGCAGCUGCCCCUCAGGAGAAAGCCAGACCUUGUACCUUUCAGCACACAGUUCCCAUUAACAGAACCAAAGGCCAAACUGUGCGUGUGAAAUACCCGUGA